GAAUCUAACCCUUCGUUGUGAAUGAGAAGAGAUCUUCCACCUUCCACCAUGUUCUCCAAGGUGCUUCUGUGCUGCCUCUUCGCCUACGUGGCUGCCGGCGUUGUGGAAGAAUACCCACCUCAGCCAUACAGCUUUGCCUAUGACAACACCGACGAGUUCGGCACCCGCAUCGCCCACGAGGAGAGCGCCGACGCCAACAACGCUAGGGUGGGAUCCUACAGCUACUCCGACGCCUCCGGCAUCGCCCGUACCGUUAAGUACACCGCUGACGCCACCGGCUUCCACGCCACCGUCGAGACCAACGAGCCAGGCACUAAGUCCUCCGCCCCAGCCGACGUACAGUACGCCUCCUCCGCCGUUGAGGGCCCAGCCCCAGUUGCCGUGAAGGCCGCCCCUGUCGUCGUGAAGACCGUCCACGCUGCCCCAGUGGUCCACGCCGUGCACGCCGUGCACGCCGCACCAGUUGCCUUCCACGCCGCACCAGUCUCCUUCGCCGUUGCCCACGCUCCCCUGACCUACACCCUCGCCAAGCGCGCCUAA